GUACAAGGAGGCCGAGCUGCGGCUCAAGAGCAGCUCCAACACCACCGAGUGCGUCCCGGUGCCCAGCUCCGAGCACGUGGCCGAGAUCGUGGGCCGGCAAGGCUGCAAGAUCAAAGCCCUGCGGGCAAAGACCAACACCUACAUCAAGACUCCGGUGCGGGGCGAGGAGCCGGUCUUCAUGGUGACGGGACGGCGGGAGGACGUGGCCAUGGCCCGGCGGGAGAUCAUCUCUGCUGCUGAGCACUUCUCCAUGAUCCGGGCCUCCCGCAACAAGGCCGGCACCACUUUUGGCAGCGCUCCGACCUUGCCGGGGCAAGUCACCAUCCGGGUGCGUGUGCCCUACCGCGUGGUGGGCUUGGUGGUGGGCCCCAAAGGAGCCACCAUCAAACGGAUCCAGCAGCAGACCAACACCUACAUCAUCACGCCCAGCCGGGACCGGGACCCCGUCUUUGAAAUCACCGGCGCACCGGGUAACGUGGAGCGCGCCCGGGAGGAGAUUGAGACCCACAUUGCAGUGAGGACGGGCAAGAUCCUGGAGUACAACAACGAGAACGAUUUUCUCUCCAGCAGCCCUGAUUCCGGCAUGGAGAACCGCUACUCGGAGGCCUGGCGGGUUCAUACGCCGGCGCCGGGCUGCAAGCCCCUCUCCACCUUUCGGCAGAACAGCCUGGGGUGCAUCGGCGACUGCUCCGUUGACCCCGUCUACGAGACUCCCCGGCUGAACGACCAAAACGACUUCAAUUACGGUUACCUCUUCCCCAACUAUGGCGUGAACAAGCAAGAUCUGUAUUACGGGGUGCCAGAGUCGGGUGCCCCGAUGUGGGCUGGGCAGGAGAACACCAACCCCGUCUCGGUGCUCUUCUCAAAGCAGCAGCGGUCCAGCAGUACCGGCACCAUCCACCCAAAUUCACAUCGCUCCCCGUCCUCCUCCAUCCAAGAGCCCAAUCUCUCCGGUCUCCCCAGGCGGUCGCAGGGGGAACCGCUCCAAGGGUUUUCCAAGCUGGGGACGACGACCGCUGCCCGGACGUCUGUCUCCAGCAGCCGCGAGUGCAUGGUGUGUUUCGAAAGCGAAGUUACGGCGGCGCUGGUGCCGUGCGGCCACAACCUCUUCUGCAUGGAGUGUGCCGUGAGGAUCUGUGAGAGGACUGAUCCAGAGUGCCCGGUUUGCCACGCUGCAGCCACUCAGGCCAUUAGAAUAUUUUCCUAAAGAGACGAGCAGGGCAUUGGGGUGGGGGGGGUGGGGGGUAGGAAGGGAGCGUGGGGGGGGUCCAGGAAAGAAAAAAAUGAUGAUAAUAAUAAUAAUAAUAAUGAUAAUGAUAAUAAUAAUAAUAAUAAUGACAUCUGAAGAACAAACAAAUGAAUGAAAGAAUAAAUUAAUUUAAAGAAGAAGAAGAAGAAAAAAAAAGAAAUUAUUUUACAAGCAAUGUAUGUUAUUUUUUAAAAAAAAGAAGUGAAUAAUAAAAUUAAAAUGAAUAGCAAAGCCAGAAAUUUUGAAGGGUGAACGAUGCUCCAGCCUGCAAUGUCUUUUUUAAAGCAAGUACUCUGAACGCACACUCGGAUCUCGCAAGCAAAGCGGUUUAGUUCAGUUUUUUUGGUGGUGAGAUUGGGACUUCUCUGCAUUGACCAAGCCGGGCCAUCUUGAUCGGACGGGGAAGGGAGCAGGGACGCGGGGAGGGCCCUGGCAGCCUUUCUUCUCCAGCCACGUUCAAUCUUCACCUUGGUCUGAAGCCCCUACUCUCCUCCCCCCCAGGGAUGGCAGCCCAACUGGGAGCUCAGAAAGAAACAAAUAGAAAGAAAGGAAAACGGAUGACGGGGAUUUAGAAAA